UUGUGUCAACAACGUGAUAUCCGAUUGGUAUUUUUAGCACCAAAUUCCACUCAUCUGAUCCAACCUCUGGAUGUUUCGUUUUUUGGUCCACUGAAAAGGGAGUGGAGAAGAAUUCUACUUGAAUAUAAAGUCAAGAAUCCUGGUCAAACUACACUCAAUAAAAAACAUUUUACUAAAUUGCUGGCGGAACUAAUUGAAAACAUAAAGCUGAGGGAAACAAAAAAUAUUAAAAGCGGCUUCAGAGCCACAGGUAUUUGGCCUCUCAAUCCAAUCAAUGUUACUAAGAGAAUACCAGAACUAUAUGACGAAGUGAAAUAUGGAAUAGACAAUGCUUUACUAGAGUAUUUGAAAGAAACAAGAUCCCCAAAUCCAAUGACAGUGAAAAGAAGCAAAAAAUUGAAAACAGAACCAGGAAAGUCAGUCUGCGUGGAAGAUAUUUCUAUAAAAGCCAAUACUACAAAGAAAACAAAUGCGACAAAUAAGAAUAAAAACAUAUUAAUACGGAAGAAGACAUUGUGA